GCCGCUGCCGCCACUGCAACCUGCACCCAGACUCUGCUGUUGCCGCCGCUCCCGCCCCUCCGCCGUCACCACCAUGCCCAAGAGAAAGGCGGAAGGAGAUGCUAAGGGAGACAAGACCAAGGUUAAGGACAAACCACAGAGGAGAUCUGCACAGUUAUUUGCUAAACCUGCCCCUCCAAAGCCAGAACCCAAACCCAAAAAGGCACCUGCAAAGAAGGGAGAGAAGUUACCCAAAGGGAAAAAGGGAAAGGCUGACGCCGGUAAGAAUGGGAACAACCCUGCAGAAAAUGGAGAUACCAAAACAGACCAGGCACAGAAAGCUGAAGGUGCUGGAGAUGCCAAGUGAAUUGUGUGAAUUUUUGAUAACUGUGUACUUCUGGUGACUGUACAGUUUGAAAUACUAUUUUUUAUCAAGUUUUAUAAAAAUGCAGAAUUUUGUUUUACU